AUGAGCCACUCCAGCACCAUCCGCGCCACCUCCUACCGCCGCACCUUCGGGCCGCCCCCCAUGCUGUCGCCGGUGUCGUACUCGUCGUCCCGCCUGGCCUCGUCCUCCUCCGCCACGAGGCUGCUGAGCGCGUCCUCGCUGGGGGGCUCCCUGCGCUCCUACCGCGGCGGAGGCGGCGGGCCCCUGCUAUUGCGCUCCAGCACACCGGUGGCGCCGUCGUCGCGCUACACCUACAGCAGCGCCGAGAAGCUGGACUUCUCGGUGGCCGACGCCCUGAACCAGGAGUUCCUGGCCACGCGGAGCAACGAGAAGCAGGAGCUGCAGGAGCUCAACGACCGCUUCGCCAGCUUCAUCGAGAAAGUGCGCUACUUGGAGACGCAGAACGCCGCCCUGCUGGCCGAGCUGGGCCAGGCGCGCUCCCAGGAGCCCACCCGCGCCGGCGACCUCUUCCAGGACGAACUCCGCGAGCUGCGCCGGCAGGUGGACGCGCUGGGCAAGGACCGCGACCGGCUGCAGGUCGAGAGGGACAACCUGGCCGAGGACUUGGCCGCCCUCAAGCAGAGGCUGGAUGAGGAAUUGCACAAGCGUGAAGAUGCGGAGAAUAACUUGGUUCUGUUCCGCAAGGACGUGGAUGAUGCCACCCUUUCCCGUCUGGAGCUUGAACGCAAGAUUGAAUCCCUUAUGGAUGAAAUUGAAUUUCUCAAGAAACUGCAUGAGGAGGAGCUGCAUGAUAUGCAGGUGAGCAUCCACAGCCAGCAGCAGGUACAGGUGGAGGUGGAGCAGGCCAAGCCGGACCUGACAGCUGCUCUGCGAGAGAUCCGCACCCAGUAUGAGAGCAUCGCAGUCAAGAACCUGCAAGAGUCUGAGGAGUGGUACAAAUCCAAGUUUGCUGACUUGUCCGAUGCGGCCAACCGGAACCAUGAGGCCCUUCGCCAGGCAAAGCAGGAGAUGAAUGAAUCACGCCGCCAGAUCCAGAGCCUCACCUGCGAGGUGGAUGGGCUCAAAGGGACUAAUGAAGCCUUGCUGAGGCAGAUGCGGGAUCUGGAAGACCAGUAUGGGAUGGAGAUCGGCUCGUACCAGGAGACAGUGUCACGCCUGGAGCAGGAGAUCCAGCACAUGAAGGAAGAGAUGGCUCGCCACCUGCGGGAGUACCAGGACCUCCUGAAUGUCAAGAUGGCCCUUGACAUUGAGAUAGCUACUUACCGCAAGCUGCUGGAGGGGGAGGAGAGCAGGAUUGCAGUCCCUGUGCAGUCCAUGGCCUCGCUCAGCAUCAAAGCAGCAGUUUCAGAGCCGGAGCCAACUGUAGAGACCCACACCAGGAAGACAGUGCUGAUCAAAACCAUCGAGACUCGAGAUGGGGAGGUGGUGACCGAAUCAAGGAAAGAGCAGAGAGCUGAAAUAGAGAAGUGAUGCCGGCCGCAGCAGGCACCUUCCCCGUGCCGCGGAGAGGGGUGCGAAAUCCACCCGAUGUGCAGAAGCCCCAGCAGCAGACCCCACCUGUCUUCACCAAGCCGCA